AGUGCUGCGACAGUGCCUGUCAAUGCAUAAACCUAACUUAAUCUUAACCUAGCUUAAUCUGAUAACGAAUCCAGUGAUUGACGGAUUAUGUUAUGACAAUUGAUUGAAUUUUUUAGCAUGCGCGUAUGUUUGAAUUCACGGAAUUGACAUUAUGGCAUAAAUAAUGGUAUGGUAUGUCGGCAUUUUAUAACAUAAUUUACCGGAAUUUAAAAGUAAAUAUUAGAUUGUGCAAAGAAGUUGCUUUGCAAUUAUUUAAUUUAAUACAUACAAAGUACUAUAUAUAUAUAUUAUAUAUAUACUGAAAACAUAAGUAUAUAGCAAUAUGUUCAGAGAUACUCAAAAAAUUAUCGUAGAAGAUGAGCUUGCCCCAUCAGCCUCAUAUGUCAUAAAUAUGAGAAUGGAGGACUUGUUAGAGAAAUUAAAGUUAUUAAAUUAUGAUGCAGAAUUUGUUCAAGAGUUGAGAAUGAAACCAAUAAACAGACACUACUUUGUGAUCCCAACGAAUCCGGGUGAACAAUUUUAUACAUUUACAUGCCUGGCUGCAUGGUUGAUUAGAAAAGCUGGGAAAAAUUUUGAGAUGCCGCAAGAAUCUGAUGAUCCUAAUUCCACAAUAGCUUUAAUCUUGGAUUUUCUCAGGGAAAUUGAUGUACCUGUAGAAUUCCCACCUAAUAAACUUAAACAGGGUAUUGGAGAACAUGCGGUUUAUGUGUUGGAUAAUUUAGCCGACAAUGCUUUAAAAGUGGAAAAGUUUAAAUGGAAAAAGGUAAACAUUCCACCUGACGAGCCUACACCAGAACCAGAUAUUGAAGAUGAUGAUGCGGAAUUAAUUUUAGAAAAAGUAGAAGAGGAAAUGAUGGCUGAGUAUGAUGAUGAUGAUGAACAAGAUAUUUUACAUAUAGAUGAUAUAACAAAAUUAUACAGUCAACAUACGAAUGAAACACAAAAACCAGACAAUAUUUUAGAAUCUAACACUAAUAGAGAUGAGUGGCAGUUAGAGUUGGAAAAAGUUCUACCUCGCUUGAAAGUGACUAUUAAGACAGAUUCAAGAGAUUGGAGAGCACAUCUCGAGCAAAUGAAACAAUUGCGUACAAAUAUUGCGGCCGAUCUAAGCGGUACAAAGACUAACUUAAAUAAAAUUUAUACUGAUAUUGGAAAUACGUUAGACAAAAUAAAAACUAGAGAAACUUAUCUUAAUAAACAGCUCGAACCUCCCUUGAUAGAAUAUCGUUCUUUACAGGAAGAACUAUCAAAAAUUAAAGAACAAUAUAGAGAUGUUAGCGGUGGUGUUACAGAACGAACAAGAGUUCUUAAUAAAUUAGUGGAAGAACUAGAACAUCUGAAAAGAGAAAUGGAUGAAAGAGGAUCCAGUAUGACUGAUGGAACUCCACUUAUUAAUAUAAAGAAGACGAUCACAAAGAUGAAAAACGAAAUUUCUGAGAUGAAUAUUCGAAUCGGUGUAUUAGAGUAUAGUUUAAUGUGUGCGAGAGUACGAGAUCGAACGCAAUUACGAGAGGACAUGAACAGUACGAAUACUUCAGUAAUAAUUUAAAUCGUACAUCUCUUAUUUAUAUAUAGUAUUUAUAUGUCUUUUAAUCCGUCCAAUAUGUGAUAUCGAGUGUGCAGUUUAGUUUUGAGUAUUUGUAUUGUUACCACGGGUCCAAUUUCUCUGCCUUUUUAAAGUUACAACAAUGUAUAAUUCCAUAGAACUGAACAUGUUACAUCGAUUACAGUGUGAAGCAUAUGGAUCUUUUGUUAGCACUUUAUAUACUUAUAUGUAGUUAUAGUAAUUAUUAAUCGAUACCGAAAUCACAGAGUGAUUGUUUUAAUUAUGACGAUUUCGUCUGUGUUAAAUAAAUCGUCUUUUCAUCUCGUUA